UCUCUCGCGGCCCGCUCCGGCGACAACAUCGCGAUCGCACCGCCCCAACGAAAUAUCGACACGUGCGUGGCGCAACCCUAAUUCGUUGUUCUAAUUUCAAAAGUGUUGUGCACUUGUGCUGGGAUUUCAUUAUUUUAAAAUAACCAGAUAAAACAUCCAUACAGAGUGCAGUGUGGCAACUUAAAAAAAAAAAAAGAUUAUGUGCGGCGUGCACUCGUCGGCCUACACCGGGAACAGAAGGUGACAAUUGUGUUGUGACAUAUGUACAUGUUAGUGUUAUAUGAAUAAUGAUCGUUUGGAGAACGAAGAACACGAGUCGACGGAAAUACGGUGACUGGUCUAAAAUGGCAUCUGAUGUCGCCGCACAUAUACCAAGAACGACAUUCGUUUGGUUAAUUCUCGCAUUAGUUAAUCCAAGAGCGCGGGCCGGCGAACUGUGGCCGGUGGACCGGCCCGACGGCAUGCCAGUCAUACAGUCGUUGGAGGUGAUGUGCGGCAAGGACCAUAUGGAUGUGCAUCUCACGUUCUCACAUCCCUUCGAGGGUAUCGUGUCUUCAAAAGGUCAACACGGUGACCCCAGGUGCGUCUACGUGCCUCCAUCUACCGGCCAGACGUACUUCUCGUUUCGGAUCGCAUACGCCAAGUGUGGCACGAAGCCUGACCUUCACGGGCAGUUCUACGAGAACACAGUGGUGGUGCAAUACGAUAAAGAUCUACUUGAAGUUUGGGACGAGGCGAAAAGACUGCGAUGCGAAUGGUUCAAUGACUAUGAAAAGACCGCUUCGAAGCCACCAAUGGUGAUUGCUGAUUUAGACGUGGUGCAGUUGGAUUUCAGAGGAGAUAACGUCGAUUGCUGGAUGGAGAUACAAGCUGGCAAAGGCCCAUGGGCACCUCCUGUGUCCGGCAUAGUACCAUUAGGAUCCACGCUCACGCUUGUCGUCGCUAUAAAUGACUAUAGAGGUGAAUUUGACAUGCGAGUGAAGUCGUGCGCUGCUUCAGAUGGUUCAGGGCACAUCAUCCAGCUAUCAGAUGAAUACGGGUGUGUUCUUCGGCCUAAAAUGAUAUCAAGGUUCCUCAAAGCUAAAGCAGCCGAUGAAAGGGCUACAGUCAUAACGUACGCAUUCUUCCACGCGUUCAAGUUCCCAGAUGCUCUCAGCGUCCAUAUUAGAUGCAAGGUGGAAAUCUGCAGACAUGGAUGCCUGGACCAUUGUCAAUUAGCUGGCGUAACACAGCAAAGACAUGGAGCUCUGGACAGAAAAGACGACAGGACUCAUCAGGACCAUAACGAAAUUAAUGAUUCGUCAGCUGAAGAUGCCGAAUCGAGUCUCUUAGAGGAUCAUCAGCGUCUGCCUCUAGAAGAAGCUUUUGGUGACGAGGUCUCUGGCGAUGCUGUACCACCUCCAGCGCCUUUGUCCCACCGACCGCCAGCUCCAGUCGUUGAACCAGAGUCAGACCAUAUGUCUGCUGUUAAUGAGCUCGUUGAAGCUCUUGCUAGACCAUUCACAGAUCGUCCCACUGAACUUGAACGAGAACGCUUCCCUCAAGGUCCUCGCAAUUUUGGUUCUAAAGUGAAAAUUGAGCCAUCAGGCGAUGAAGUGGUGCCAGCUAAGCCCCCUGGUCCCGCUGUAGCUGGUCCCAGGUCAUUGAGGAAGCGAAGAACAGUGCGUGAUGCAAGAUCAGCUGACGUUGGUGUAUCAGGCAUAUAUGAAGUAGUUUCAGAAGCUGACCUAGCGUUUGGACCGUCACGAGAACCUGUAACUGUAUUUAGCGGAAGAAUUAGAGAAGAGGUGGUCUACGGAAUUUGUAUGGGUGCUGUUAGUUUCGGCGCUCUCUUUGCUUCAGCCGCCGGAGCAGCCGCAGGCGCUGCAUUAGCAGCCGCUGUGAUGUUACAAAGGCUUCGAUCUAGGAUGGCCUCUCAGCCUUCUGUCCCUGUAUCACCAGCUCCUGCUUCCCACUCAUUAGCUGCAUGGAUGGCACUACGACUUCUAGGUUCUCCAACUCAUCCACAUCAUUCCCGCGAUGGCUGACAACAAAUCCCACAAAAAACUAUCUAAGACUGUUUUUAGACUAUAAGCGGUUGUCCGCACAAGUUUGUGUCUAUCAGAUCCAGAAACUAUAUUUAAAUUCAUACAUACAAUUUAGUGGUAUUAAUCCAUAUGGAUGUCAUAAAUUACAAUACCAAGUUACGGAACUGUUACGGCGCCGACCUGUGUAGACAUAAAGAUGCGACUCUUACAUGGAUUGUUUCCUUUGGGAGUCCCAUCGAUUUUCAUGUAUAGUGAAAUAUUAUUUUCUUAGGAAUUACGAAUUCCAAUAAAGCGUUGAGAUACCUGAAAAUUGGGAUGAUUCGUUGUUCCCUUAUUUAGAUUUGCACGGUCAGUCAUAUUUUUAUUCAUUCAUGCACAAAUAUUAUAUAUUUUUUGAGAAAUACAACGGUGACAAAACAGUUGUACCUACUAAAGUUAUUAUAGGUUGAACAAAUAAUUGGUUAGAUAUUACAUUUUGCAAUUCUUCUAUCGUUAUUUUAACUGGCACAGUUACUUCAAAAUUAGUUACGCCGAUGCCAAAUAAUAUUAGAAUAACGUAACUGAUAAAAUUAAAAACAUAGUUCUUAUAAAAUAACGGUUAUUUAUGUACCGUAAAAUAUGUAAAACUGUUGUUUUACUGGAUAUGUGAAUAAUCAUUAUUUUUAAAUUAUAAACAUAUAUAGUCUUUCAAUAGGUAAAAAUGAAUACAUAUUAAUAUUGAAUCUGAAUUUAUAAUUUUGAAUUUUAAUAAAUAUGAACUGUUUUGUCUCAGCUCUGUUAUUAGUGUAUAAUAAUAUAUUUAUAUUAAUAAAUUAUAUUGGAAUAUUGCCUUACAAUGUUGGUGCUACGGACUAAGUCCCAUGAAACUCGAUUUUCAUUUCACAUUGUGAAUAUUUUUAUACACGUUAUACCGUUAAGUGUUGUACAGUACAUUCCUUUGUUUUAUAUAUAUACAUAUAAGUUCGAAUUGUAGUAUAGAGUUUAGGUCGUAUUUUGUCGAAAUUUUCAUAUUAUUACAAUAUUGUUACUAUGGAUAGCUAGCCAGUUAAUUAUAUGUUACAUUAUUAUGACACAAUUAAUUCUCACUAAGAUCUUGAUUUGAGAACGCGAAUGAAUUCAUAUAACGAUUUUGUGAAAGAGCGUCUUAAUUGUUAUCAUAAGUAUUGGUAUACUAAGAUGUUAUAUAAAUAUAUAUGUAUAACCUCUUAAGUCUUAGCUUCUAGAAAUGAGUAAUAUCCGAUAUCUAUAUAUUGAGUCCUUCUGGACUUUAAUGACCUUUAAUGAGGAUAAUAUAUAUAUAUAUAUCAAAUACGUGUCUCAUAGCAAGGGCAGAAUUUAAAAUUUUUCUUUCAUGAAUCUCGUUUCAAAGUUCGUCACUCGUGUUCCCAUUAAAUGAAGUGGUCAUAAUAUUAUAAUAAAUUAACUACGUAAUUUAAUUUUUAUACUUAUAUUGUAUUAUUUUUAUGUACAUCUUUUAAUGUUUAUAAAUUUCAUAUGAUUUAUUAUUAUAAAUUUGUAGACCACAUCUCUGUACUAUAAUUCUAGCUAAACAGCAACGUGUUCUUAGUAUCUAACAGGUAAGAAUAAACGUCGAGUCAUGCCAUUAGGUUAAGUUUAGUUAAUUCCACAUGUUCUGCUCAACUUAGUUUCAAUUUUAGUUCUUAUACUUUAAAGUCAAUUAUGUUCUAUCAAAACCUUAUCUUUAGGGUGCUGAGGCUUCUAUAGAUUUAAAACUUAGUAAUUAUCUUACAGUUGGUGUAAAAUAAUAUUAAAGUUUGCAUUUAAGUAGCAAAAUCGCAUUCCAAAUAAAUUGACCACAGAAAUUUAAUAAUGUAAAAAAUAUUGUAGCCAACAAUAUUAAAUUAAAAGUGUAAGCUAAAUACCUAUUAAUUUCAAUUUAAUCCCACAGUUGAGUUCUCUGGAGUCUGAUUUUAGCACUUUUAUAUUAGUUAAUAGCUUUUGCCCGCUACUUCGUACACGUACAUUUUAGAAGACAGAAAUAUAAUGAAAUAAACUACUUCUAAGAUGACGUAUCAAAAUGUAAUAUACACUAGGGGUUUUAUCAUGAAAUGAAAUUCCGAAUUAUCAGAAUCAAUUUCGUGGUUUUAUUCAUAGCGGAACCGGCCCAGUAAAUGGAACUCUACAUUUCGCUUGUCAUACCUUCUAUCAUAAUAAUCUAAAGGAACUAUAUUUUCAUGUUUUUAAUAUUUUUAAAAUGGUGUAUAUAAAUGUAAUUUUAACAUCAAAUUUGUGUUUCGUUCGGCCCUGAAAUCUGGGAAAAUAUUUUAUGGUAGGUUCUUUAAUUUUAAGUUAGACUUUCAAGAACAUAACUGUGGAAAUCGCAUCCAAUUUGCUAUAAUAGUUUUUACUUGAUACCAGAACAAAUAUACAGAGAGGCAGAAAAUAUUGUUUUGACUGCUGUUGCUCUUAUUAAGAUCCCUUAUUACAAUUCAUAUUACGGUAUUGUUUUAAAAACAAUUUCACUGAAGCAUAUCAAGUUAAAUAUUAUUUUUAAACAAAAAAGCUACCUCUGAAUACUGUAAUAACGCUUAAAUUCGAAAGGAAAACGUAUAAUACUCUGAAGUAUUAAGUUCUUAUUUUUAUUUUUUUUAAUUGUUAUAUUUCAGAAAUUAAUAACUCUAAAAAAGAACUAUUUACAUUAUUCUUUUAGAAUUUCGUAUUGUAAAUUUUAUAAAAAGUACUAAACUCUUCUCUUUUCGAUGGCGGAAGCAUCUUUAGUACUUAGUUAUUUUGCUUUAGUACCUAUUAUAAUGUACUUAAAUUAAGUUAGUAAUUUAGUAAAUAAUACAGUAAUGAUAUUGUAAUAUACUAUAGUUGAGACACCAAUGAAAGCUACUUAUAAAAUAGACUUCUCUGAUACAUCGCAUUUAUUACACAUAAGAUAGAAUUCUUCAUAAUUGCUCAAAUUGAAAUAAUUUAUUUUUGUAUUUUUAUACACAUAUCUAUAUUUAAAAAUAUAGCUAUGAUUAGUUUAAUUAUAGUUUAAGUAAUAAAGCUAAAAAAAAAUAUAUGUUUAUCAAUUAAUCUUGCAUUGAAGCGUAUAUAAUUAAAUGCUAAAUUUUAUAUGCUUUACGAUCCAAGAUUGAUAAACAAUUGAACUAUUUUUAUAUUAAACUAUCACUAAAUAAUGCCGAUUACCCAAAUAUCUUGCAUUUAUGAUAAUGAAAUUAUAAUUUGUAUUAAGUUACGUGAAGAAUAUGUGAGAAAAUAAUUUCUCUGAGUGCAAUUUUAUUUUUACUUUUUUUUAUAGAAAAAAAUUAUAUAACUUGUCAUUAAGUGUCCUUCUACUCGGUUAUGGUGCUUCUGGUAUAUUCUAUUAUAUAUUCUUACGUAUCCAGGGGGUUCAGUAUUUAUUGUGAACAUUUUAAUAAUAUGAAUAUGUAUUUGCAAUUUUUCUGUACGGCUGCGGUGACGAUGUGUUUAACGCGUAAGCGCCUGUUAAUUUGUUUAAUGGAAUAAAAUGUAUGUUGAAAGA